GCAAAGAAAGAUGAUCAACGCAUCGAUAGCCUUUCUAGUGUUAAUUCAAAGAGUUACAAAAUUACCAUUGCUAAUGAUAUUUAACAGAACAAUCCUGAAGACUAUUAUCUUUCUCCGCUUGGUGUUACUUUGAAUACUCCGUUUCACGAAGUUGUAUUCGCGCCACUCUAUAGAACGAGCAUCGAUAAAGUAGUUCUAUUCGCAGAAAGCACACAACGUUAAUACUUUGUACACAUCGCGUUCGCGCUUUGCGUCUUGCAUUGUACGCGUGGUCGGUUUUUAAGCUGCCGUGCGCCGGCAGUUUCCCGCAACCUACAUUUCGCGGGCCAAGGCUGAAACGGAUUCGUUCGUCCCAUUAACCCUUCGGCUCGUCCUUCGAUCCAACGGCGGUUCUACGCGCGAACAACUCGAUCGCGUUCUCCAUAGAGCAGCGCGAUUCGUCUCCGACAAUUUCGGCGAUGUGAGAAGGAGGAUCGUUCGCGGGAGCAGGAUAUUGGCCGCGGUAAUUCCGACGAUUCUGGGCCAAGGUAACCGAUCCGGAGGACCAUGACAGAGACGUUCCAGGAGAAACGGGGGGAAACCCGAUGGUUCCAUGGCAACACGUUCGCAGAGAGGAAAAGGAAUUCGGCGGGAAGAGGACGAAGGUGGUGAUAAUCGUCGGCUUAUUGACGGUGACCGUGGUUGCCUUAGUUGUGACGCUAACCUUGCAGAUAGCUGUCUUCCGCCGGGAUGAGUACAAAGAGAUGUGCCAAAGCGAGGAGUGCGUGAAGACAGCUGCCAGGAUAAUUGACGCGAUGAACAGAUCCGUAGAUCCUUGCGAAGAUUUUUAUAAGUUCGCCUGCGGUGGUUGGAUUUCGAAGAAUCCGAUACCGGAGAGCCAAACUUCCUGGGACCAAUUGAGCCUUCUCAGGAAGCAGCUGCUGAAGAAUCUGAGAAUCCUGCUGAAGGAAUCGGACAACGAGACCGAUCCUAGACCGGUCAAGUUGGCCAGAACUUUGUACAGAACAUGCAUGGACACAACGAGCGUCGAAGCUUUGGGACUGAAACCGAUCCACGACACGUUGAUCAGGCUCGGAUUGCCAAAGGAUCCACCGUCGCGAAGCGGAAUCACGCAUCUAGAUCUAUCGGAGAUCGCCGGGAAGGCGCAAAGAGUUUUGGGAUUGGAUCUGUUCCUAAAGUUUUACAUCAGCGAAGAUAUUCGUAACACGUCGCGGAACAGGAUGAUGGUGGAACAGGUGUCCCCGGGAUUCAGCGAGCGUUACCUUCUCGAUCCUCAACGCUUUCGAUCGGAACUAACCGAGUACAAGAAAUACAUAAAAUCUAUGGUGGAGCUAGCUGGCGCGGAGUUCAACAGUCUCGGUUUCGCCAACGAAAUUUUAGAUUUCAGCACGAAAAUCGCAAAGAUUAUGGCGACGCCGGAGCAGAGACGCGGCGCUAAUCACGUGUUCCACGACGUAACGAUCGACGAAUUGCAACAGUUUACAGACUUGCACGCGCAACAGUGGAACUGGACGAAAUACGUGGAGGCAGUGUUCAACAACACGAACGCGACGAUCAACACCGGCGUCGAUCGCGCGAUCGUGAUGGAUCUACACUAUUUACAGCAGUUACCUGACCUGCUCGCGGCCACGUCGCCCGCUACCAUAGCGCGAUACGUAUGGUGGAGCAUUUAUUCGACGGUCGCUCCGUUAACACUGCAACGAUUUCGCGAUCUGGGUUUCCAGUUCUCGCAAAACGUACUCGGGCUGAAGGAGAAGACACCGAGAUGGGAGGCCUGCACCGUAAACGCGAACGCGAAUUUCGGUAUGGCGAUCAGUUACGUUUACGCGCAGAAGUAUUUCAACGAUCUGGCUCGGGAAAAGGCAUUGGAGAUGUUAUUGGAUAUUAAAGCCGCGUUCGACGAGAUGGUAGCAGAGCUGGACUGGAUGGACGCUGGCACGAGAGCUCGAGCGCAUAAAAAAUUACAAGCGAUGAGACCGUACGUGGGGAUUCCUGACUGGAUUAACAACCUCACGAAGUUGGAGAAGUAUUACGAGGGUAUGGAGGUCGUUCCAGGGAAAUUGUUCGACACGUUUCUGAAGUUGGCAGACGCGGGAAUGAAGAAAAGUUUGAACGCUUUGCGCCAGAAACCGGACAAAAAUCGGUGGAUAUCGACCGGGACCACGGUGAACGCGUUUUAUAGCGCGAUAUUAAAUUCAGUUACUUUCCCGGCUGGUAUUCUUCAUCCCCCGUUCUAUGGAAACGGACUCGAGUCCGUCAACUACGGGGCCAUGGGCGCGAUUAUGGGUCACGAACUCACGCACGGAUUCGACGACCAAGGUCGUAGAUACGACGAGACGGGGAAUCUGAGGCAGUGGUGGAGCGACGAGACGUUGCAACAUUAUCACAAGAAAGUCAAGUGUAUGAUCAAACAGUACAGUAACUAUCACUUGCCGGAAUUGGGCGAUAAUUUCACGGUAAAUGGCGUUAAUACGCAGGGAGAAAACAUAGCCGAUAAUGGCGGCAUACGGGAGGCGUACAGAGCGUAUCAAAGGCUGAAAACAAGAAACGGCGGUCAACAAGUGUUACCUGGUCUCACCGGGUACAGUCACGAGCAACUGUUCUUCGUGGGUUUCGCCCAGGUAAGAUUUCCAAGCGGAAAAUCUUGGUAUCGGUUCAAACAAUUUAAUAUACAAUUACGUGUAUGUAUUUUACAGGUAUGGUGCGGCAAUUAUACAAACGGCGCGUUAAAAUCUAAACUGGUAGAAGAAGUCCAUGCACCGAAUCACUUCAGAGUCAUCGGAUCGCUGUCGAACAACGAGGAUUUUGCGACAGCUUGGAAUUGUCCGGUCGGAAGUCCCAUGAACCCGUCUCACAAGUGUAUUUUGUGGUAAACCUUCGAU